ACAAAUAAACACUAUCAAAAAAAACCACUUCAUAAUAUGGAAUUGUAUUUGAAUUUUUGUAGUCAAAAUCCAAAACAGUUGGUCAAAACAAAACUGCAGACGACGUUUUAAUUACUGGAGUAAUUUCAAAGAUGGCGGCUUCCGCAAGACAUGUGUCGGUGGCGUUGGAGUUCGUUGGAAACGAUGAAGUUGUAAAGCACAUUGUGGGCAUUGAACAAGUUUCAGCAAAGAAACCAAGAAUAUCCAAAGUGCAGACACUCGCAGAAACACCCUCAGCUGAGCGGCCAGUUCGGGCCUCCAGAAAGAAGGUCAAUUACAGCGAAGCUCUCUUGGGUUUGACCAAGCCGGAUUCGGACUCAGAAACAUCAGAGGAUGACGAAAGUAGCGAAGGAGAAGAAGAUGAUGAAGAGGACAUUUCAAAUAAAACACCAGAAGUACUGCUUGAUGAAGAAGGCAUCAAAGGGGCUGAUGUGUAUCAAUUUAAGAAGAACAAACGAGCUGGCCAGAUGGCACAGCUUGCCCGAAAGUGUGCAACACCUGUUUCCACUAAGAAACAACAGAAGGAGGCAACUGCACCUACACGGAAGCAGAAAGAGCCUGUCCAGAGAGUGACUAGAAGAAGCAGUAGAAGAGCUUUACCCGACUUGGUUGAUGACAGUGACACCUCCGAUAGUUCAAGUUCUGAUGACCAAGGAGAUGACGAUAAUAGUAGCACCCACAGUAAAGACAGCACGUCAUCAACGCACAGAUCCACCAGGGCCACCAGAGGGGGCGCUAGAGGGGGCAAGACACCCAGGGGUUCCACGUCAGAGAAUUCUAGAAGGAAGACCAGGGGAGAAAUAGAUGUACCAAACUUGGCAGAGGAGUACUUCUCUGCCCAUGCGGGCAUGUCCCUCACCUCUGACCACACCCUGUCCAGACUGGCCGUGCCUCAGAUGGACCAGCAGCAGGUCAAUAAAGCGUUGAGUAGUGCCCCCAGUAGUCAUCAUGCGCAGAUAUCGGAGCUCUAUACAGAGUACCAAGGCUUGUUUAACAAGUGGAUGUUUCAGCUGAGCAAUGGUUUCAAUCUGAUGUUGUAUGGACUUGGUUCCAAGCGAGGCAUUCUAGAUAAGUUCAGGGCCGAGAUGCUGAGCAAGUGCAGUCAUGUGGUGAUCAACGGAUUCUUCCCGGGUCUAACUGUGAAAAGUAUUCUGAACAGCAUCACUGAUGAUGUAUUGGGACAUCAGGCGGGAUUUCGCAGCCUGGCUGAACAAACCGAGUUCAUCCAUGACACUCUAGAGGAGCGAGAAGAGCCACUCUUCUUGAUUAUCCACAACAUAGAUGGUAUGAUGCUGAGAGGGUUCAAGUCCCAGACUACCCUGGCGUCGUUGUCUCAAUUGUCGUCGGUGCACAUCAUUGGGACCAUAGAUCAUAUUAAUGCACCACUCAUUUGGGAUCAGUCCAAAUCCAGCAGUUUCUACUGGGUGUGGUACGAGGUCACGACCUUUGAACCCUACACAGAAGAGACGUCUUAUGAGAACUCUCUGUUGGUCCAGCAGUCUGGUGUCCUUGCCCUUAGUUCACUGACUCAUGUACUGAGAAGUCUGACACCAAACGCAAGAGGUAUCUUCAAUCUCUUAGUGGUGUAUCAAUUAGCUCACCAAGAUGAUUCCACGUACCAAGGACUCUCCUUUCAAGACUUGUAUCAGAAGUGUCGUGAGGCAUUUCUUGUCAACAGUGAGCUGACUCUACGAGCUCAAUUGACAGAAUUCAGAGAUCAUAAACUGAUAAGAUCCAAAAAGGGGUUGGAUGGUGUGGAAUUUCUGCUAAUUGCUGUGGAUAGCUCAACAUUGGUGGAGUUUCAACAACAAGAAGAGGUGUGAGGAAUCGCUCUCAGGGAGGAUCCUUGGAGUGUUUAGCCGGGAAGGUUCCACAGAGGCGCCAUCAGGUGGGACUUGUAUUGGUUCAUGAAAUAUCACAGGACUUUAUGAGAUCAUUCUGAAGGCUUUGCAUGGUGGACAAAUACUAUUUAGUAAGGUUUAGCGGUGUCACCAUGUAAAAUCUCUUUUGUGAGUGGUGGGGCCUCUAAUGAGAAGAGCCGGUUUCUGCUUGAUGUUCAGACUGUUUUCUGGACUUCAUAACGUAACAUCUCAGGCAGAUUUCAACCAAAAUAUUGAAUUUGUUAAAUCGGACUCUGAGGGAAAACUACUAAUGUAUAGGUACGUAUAACACAAAUAAUAUGUUGUUGCUCUGUUGAUUUUGAGCAGCUUCGGUAUGCUCUAUAACUACAGCAGGAGUUUCUGAAAUAAUGUUUUGUGCCUUAAUGCUUAAGAGUGUUAGCCAGAAGGUUGUCUGUUUUCAUUUUGGACAACCUGAUUUAUCUGGAUUUAUGUUACACACAGUACUUUUAUAACUUUAUCGUCACAGUCAGAUCUAUGGGAGACAAUAAGGGGGAAAAUAUCUUUCAAAUUGGUGCGAUCACAAUGUUUUUUAGAUCGUGACUUUUAUCUUGUCCGACGUGCCAAUUUUGUCAUCUUGUUCAUGUUUUUCGGGGGCUCUUUUAAUCAAGAAAACUCGUCAGUGAAUGAGAAGACGGAGGACUAUUUUUGUUCUUUGCACAUUUUUUCUCUCACAUUUGGGUAAAAAUAACAAAAACAUAGUUUAUUUUUGUAGUUAAACCUGUUUAAUGUUGAAUGUGUUUUGUAAGUUUGAUACAACUUUUUAUUAAGAAGUUAACAUUGACAGCUUUUGUCACUACGCCCCAACUGUCACAAAUCCUCUGAAAACAUAGUCGGGAUGUACUACAAGCCCAAAGAGCAGCCCAAUGAGCAACUGUUGGGCAAGAUUUGAAAAUCCCGGUGAUUUUGUGCCCUGAAAUGGAUGCUUGCCAGCUCUCUUGUAAAUUAAGUUUCAGUUACAAAAGUUAAUACAAUCAUUAGAAAGGAAUUUCCCCUUCAUAAAUCGUUAAAAAGUUUGCUUUCAUAAGCUAUCAUAACAUCAAGUAUAAACAAAUUCAAUGGACAUACCUAGUUUUUGGAAGAGUAAAAACAUAAUUCUAGUCCCCUAGUUCCCAAUACAUGUACAUGUAAAUCAUAAAAUCAGUCUGUGAAACUUCAUCAAAUGAGGUGAUCACUGAUCACAAUAAAAAAUUUGCAUAUUUUUUUUCGGCUGGAGGAUAUUGUUUUGUUUUAGAAUUGGCAAGGAACCAAGUUCUGCAAACCCACUUUCUUGUGAAUAUUUUUUCAGGACAAUUUGUACUGUUAUAAACUUUACAAAAACAAGUUAUUUUUGCCUUAUAUUCUUCAUUUAUCAGAUUAUAUUUUGUAUUGAGUGCCUUGUGAUACAACGAAAAACAACUUGACUUCAUUGGAAAUAAAAUCAUGAUUUUAUCAAAAACGGAAUAUAGUUUUUUUUAUUUUUACCGAUUUUUGUU